UUUUAGUUUUUUUUUCCCCAAAAAGAAUGCUUUUUAUUUUGGGUAGAGAACGAAAGAAAAUAAGUGAAAAACUGACCAGUAAUGGCAAUACCGGAGAAGGAGAAAGGGUGCCUCUGAGAGGUAAAUUGGUCGAAAACAAAAUCUUUUCUGAUGUCAAAAGAGCUAAUAACCGAGAAGAAGAGGAAGAAGAAGGACAAAGGUUUGGUGGUUUCUCCGUAUUUCAGCAAAGGCAAUGAGAGGGAGAAGAAAAAGAAGAAUCCAAUACCAAAACUACCCUUAUCCACUUGCAGUAAUAGGGUUGUAGUAUCUCCUUAUUUUCACAAAGUCGAAGCGCCAAUUGGUUCAGAUACUGUAAUAGUAGUAGCCAAGAAGAAGAAGAAGAAUUUUGUUAGUGGGGAAGACAAGGAUUCCACUGGCAAGACUAAUAAGCGGAAGAAACGCAGUGUUUCGACGAAGAAGGAAACAGAAAAGAAGAAGAAGAAGAAGAGGAGGCCAAACGAUGUCGUUGUGGGGUUGGAAGAAAAGGAACCCAAAAUUCCCCAAGCGAAGAGCUGCAUGAGCGAUGGAAUAUUUUUGAAGAAUAAGAUUAAGGAUAUUCUUUCACGGUACAGGUACAAGCGGCCAAACCACUCUGUUCUGACGAAGAAAGAAGAAGAAGAAGAAGAAGAAGAAGAAGAAGAAGAAGAAGAAGAAGAGAAGCAGCGUCGAAAUCAGGAUGAAAAGGCGAAGAAAGGAAAAACCCAUUCCAAAAAGUCGGAGAGAAUUGUCUCCCCCUACUUCCAAAAAGAGGGCAAAGAUGUGAAGAAAAGAAAACCAAGAAAAACUCCAGAAAAAGCUACCUACUUGUCUGCUUCCGAGAAGAGAAAUGAGGCUUACCGGAGGAAAACCCAAGACAACACAUGGAAGCCUCCUCGAUCUAAAGAUGAUCCUCUCAUCCAAGAGGACCAUGCGCAUGAUCCAUGGAGGGUGUUGGUUAUUUGUAUGCUCCUCAAUAAGACAAAUGGCUUGCAGCGCUCAAUCUUCCAAGAUGUGCUCUUACAGACAAGAAAGGUUAUAUCAGAUCUCUUCACUUUGUGUCCCAAUGCAAAAGCUGCUACUGAAGUUGCAACAGAAGAGAUAGAAAAGAUUAUAGAAUCACUUGGUCUACAAAACAAGAGGGCAGUGGCGAUAAAACGCUUGUCUCAGGAGUAUUUGGAGGAAAGUUGGACCUAUGUGACUCAGUUGCAUGGUGUGGGCAAGUAUGGAGCUGAUGCAUACGCAAUAUUUUGUACAGGAAAGUGGGACCAGGUAAAACCUAACGAUCACAAGCUGAAUGAAUACUGGGAAUAUCUCAGGGGAAUUAGUAAUACACUGUGAAAAGCAAUUUUGUCUAAGAACACGGACGUAUGUAAUUGAGAACUAGUUUCCAUGCUUUUGGGGAUCAAUGUUUUCAAUUAUAUGAAUUUUGGAACAUUUUGUAUAUGGGAAACAGCAGUUGUAUGCUGUUCAAUUUUGUAAAUGAACAUGGCUGGAAUCUUGCUAGAAACAAGGUAGAAAUUUGUAAUUUAGGGUAUGAUAUUUGGGAGUAAUUCGGUAUGUAUUGUAUGCGCUCAUGCAGUACUCUUAGCUAAUUACAGCUCUCUACUGCAAAAUAAUAAUAAUUUCGCAAUUCAUCUUGAGAUAAAA